UGCCCGGUCUGACUGACCGAUGGAAACUGCGAAGCUAGCAUGCAGUGGGCUGUGUUCAGGAGAUAAAGCCAUUUAAAUUGUGGGGCCUAAAUCAUUCACAGGUGCUUCAAGGCCGCCGCCGUCGUCGACAUUUUGACUACGAGCAAUAUGUGGCCUCCGGUUGACCAGUUUGGCUGUCCUUAGUAAAUCCCAGUUAAGAGAUGGAGACCACCAUCAGAUGUGGAACCACUGGCGAUCCAUGCAAGACAGAGGAAACUGAUGAAAAAGGAAACUGUGACCCGUACAAACUUUUGCAGUGCCCUUUCGACAAGAACCACCAAAUCCGGGCUUGCCGCUUCCCUUACCACCUUAUAAAGUGCAGGAAGAAUCAUCCCAAACUGGCCAGUGAGCUAAAAACCUGCCCUUUCAAUGCUCGGCACCUGGUCCCAAAGCAUGAGCUGACGCACCACACUGAGACCUGUGAGGACAGAAUAUCUGUGGACUCUGAGGAUGGUAGGAGCACAAAUGGACAUUGUAGAUGGCAGGUCCCAGUCAGUACCUGGGUAAACCCAAACAUGACUGAGGACUGGGACAAAGAGGUUGAUGAUGCUGCUAGUCCAUUUGUGUGGGGUGUAAACAAAGCCCUGAAUCAAAAACUGGAGGUGAGGCCCACCAACAAUCUUGGUCCAAGUUUUAGAGCACCUAAUACGCUCCCGUGGUCGGGAUUCAAGCCAUAAUUUGCACUUACUGUAUAUCCACAUAGAAGCUUAAUGUAGGCCUGUUGUAUGUAUGCACCCAUAGAUAUCUUUUAAAAUUUGUUCUUAAAAAAACCUUUACCCACUUAAAGUUUUUAAUUUGCAUAACUAUCUAAAAUUUCUCAUAUUGGAUCUAGAUGCAGAGAUUUCAUUUUUAGUCAUUUGAUGUGGCAUAUAACCUAAAUGCAGAGUAUAGUGACAUUUGAGUGGCAUAUACACAGUAGCGCCUCAUUUUUUUUCUGUAUUGUCUAGCAUUAAUCCCUGCAACAGUAACAAAUGGUAUUGGUUGAAAAUUGUGUGCUUGUUAUAUUAAAGGUCUUUCAUUUAAAAGAA